GGCUGAAAAAUAUUCUUUGGUAGAAGAAGCACUUGCACUUUGGAUAUCAAGAGCAAAUACUGCGUUGCAAACAAUUACGAGUGCAAUAGUUAAACGUAAAGCAAUACAACUCGUGGAAGGGCUUGAAGUGACAGGUUUCAAUGCAUCUGAUGGAUGGCUUUCAAAUUUCAAAAAAAGGCACCAUAUAAAGAAAUACAAACGUUUAGGUGAAGCUACAA